GCGAUUUCUCUCACGUACAUCUACUCUGUGUACUUUUCCACUACGUCGAGCUUCUUUCAUAGCCUCCAGGGCACUGCGGCGAGUCUGCUGCCGUGAACUUUCUCGACGGCGAGAUGAGCGACGGCACUCCACUUCGUUCUCUGCAUCAGACAUCGCCUGGAACAAGCUUACCGUAUCACGAGCUGCGCAAGAAUUUGAGGGACAGAUCUGUUUCUUCAUCCCCACGCAAAUCUCUUACAAACGAGCGAGGAACAACUGCGAACCACCGAGUUUCGAUGCCUCUCGCUCGAGGAGAUGGCGACGGGGACGCCAUCUCCAGUCCAGAGAGACGACCCGCACCAGGAGUAUCAACACACAAUCUCGUCGGAUUCUGGAUCCUAGGUCUGUGCAACAACUUUGCAUACGUUGUUAUGCUCAGUGCGGCUAAGGAUAUCCUAGAAACCGAAAGUGGCAGCGGCACAAUGAAUGUCACACAUGCAUGUCGGGAGAAGAUCGUUGACCGUCAGUGUCAGGAACUGUCGACUGGCGCUGUGUUGCUCGCCGAUAUCAUACCUGCUUUAGUAGUUAAGGUUACUGCCCCUUUGUACAUACAAAUGAUACCGUUUGGUCUCCGACAUCUGCUUGUUGUUGUUGCGCAGAUGUUGAGCUUUAUUCUAGUCGGAUCUAGUAGUAGUGUUUCUAUGGCUUUAUUAGGGGUCGUUGUCGCUAGUUGGGGUUCUGGUUUGGGUGAGAUCUCGUACUUGGCUCUUGCUUCAUAUUUUGAUGCAAAAGUGAUUUCAAUGUGGUCCUCGGGCACGGGAGGUGCUGGAAUCAUAGGUGCAAUGGCAUAUGCCAUUCUCACUGACCCGCUAAUGUUACAUUUUUCUCCGCAAGCCGCUCUUUACAGCAUGUUAAUUAUUCCAAUGAUAUUCGCUUACACUUACUGGUAUCUUCUUGAGCUACCACCAGGCGUACACAGAGUGCGUGCUUGCGAUCCCAAGACGUAUCUCGUACCAAGUAAUUCAGAUUACGUGAUCCGAGUUCGGCAAGUGUCAGGCUCUGACAAUGAAUCGGAAAUCGAAAGACCGCUGCUUGAUGGCGAUGAAGAAAACGAGGAUGACAACAUCACGAGCGCUUCUCCUCGACAUCAAAGAUUGUUAUCCAUGUACGAGCGCCUGGGAGCUACAAUUCCACUGUUUAAGUACAUGUUACCAUUAAUCGUUGUCUACUUCGCAGAGUACUUCAUCAACCAGGGAUUGCUGGAGUUGCUUGAGUUUGACUGUUCUCACGGCUUCAAUCUUGGUCCUGAAAGCCAGUAUCGAUGGUACCAAGUACUAUAUCAAAUAGGCGUAUUUGUAUCGCGAUCAUCAUCCGACAUUAUAGCCCUUCCAGGCAAAGUACUGCCUCUACUGGCUCUUAUGCAGGUCUUUAAUGCCGUUCUUUUAUACUUUGAAGCUUUGGAUAGUUUCAUCUCUCAUAUUUUCAUACUAAUGUUCAUAAUCGUGUAUGAAGGAUUGCUGGGAGGUGCUUCAUAUGUGAACACAUACAGGGUCGUUCACACAGAAAUACCACCUGAGAGGAAGGAAUUCAGUAUGGGCUUUGUCUCUAUAUCUGAUACGUUCGGGAUUUUGUUGGCUGGCUUCACAGCAAUCCCUGCUCAUAAUAUCAUAUGCAAGCAACCGUUAUGAGAAGCAGAGGCGUUGGAUUCGAUCGGUACAACCAGGGAAACGAAACCUGUGGAUGCAUUUUGCCUCAAAGCCUGAGAGGGCUAGCUACAUGUUGCUUUAUUCAGAGAAAGCGAAAUUGGGAGACACUUCAAAAAUUGCUAUACCUUCAAAUCGCCUUAUUUUUUCACGCUAUGUCACCAUAGUCAAAUUGAUGUAUCGCUUCGCCUUCGCAAGAUUUUGGCGAGAAAUGUAUCAUGUAUAAUUUAUUUGUAUCAGUCUUUAAAUGUGCCAUGUGUUGCAUUUUGUUGCAAGUUUGCAACCUUUAUCCUAGUCUAUAUCUCUUUUGCAAUUCUAUUGGCUUUCCCUACUAUAUUUUAUCUUCCCGGUUCUUUUCCGUGUGCGCAUACCACUUUGUAUUGUGAUCUUGCAUUUUCGCUUAAGCUCUCUUUCACUGGGUUAAUUUUCUGGUGAAUCAAUGCCUUUGAUCUGUACAUUUCUUAUAUUUAGGUCAGUUCUGCUUACAUGUAAAUAAACUUUAUGGCGU